UGCAAACAAACUCUUCAGGGCUGUGGCCUUCCAGGAACUGAGCUUGACACCCCUGUGUUAAAGGCUGCUGCAGAACCUCAGGACUGAGACCAAGACGUGAAUCCAAUGCGCAUGCGCAAGAUGAAAUGCGCGCACUCGAAUCUUGUUUCUUUAACUAAUCUUUUUUUCCCAUUAGUGCUGAUCUGAUCUGUCUGUCAGCAGGCUGCAGCAGUAAUGAGAGUCCCUAUUUAACUCGGACUGACCGUCACCAACACAAGCAAGAUGGACAGAGAAGAUCAAGUAAAUCCAUCACAUUCAUAACAUUUAUGUGUUGGUGGAAUGAGCAGAGUGAGUUGACUCCAUCGCACAAUCAUCACGAUGGCUCUCACCAACACCACGAUAACGUCGUGGAAACUGCAGGAGAUUGUGGCUCACUCCAGCAAUGUGUCUUCACUGGUGUUGGGGAAAGCGUCUGGGCGCCUGCUGGCCACUGGCGGUGAGGACUGCAGAGUUAAUAUAUGGGCUGUCAGCAAACCAAACUGCAUUAUGAGUCUGACGGGCCACACCAGCCCUGUGGAGUGUAUCCAGUUCAACAGUUCUGAAGAGCGUGUGGUGGCCGGUUCUCAGUCCGGCUCUCUCCGGCUUUGGGAUUUGGAGGCUGCUAAAAUUCUGCGCACUUUGAUGGGGCACAAGGCCAGUGUCUGCAGUCUGGACUUUCACCCCAUGGGAGAAUACCUGGCGUCUGGCUCCGUGGAUAGCAAUAUUAAGUUGUGGGAUGUGAGAAGAAAGGGAUGUGUGUUCAGAUAUAAGGGUCACACUCAGCCUGUGCACUGUCUAGCCUUCAGUCCUGAUGGGAAAUGGCUCGCUUCAGCCAGUGAUGACAGCACAGUAAAGCUGUGGGAUCUGAUUGCAGGCAAGAUGAUCACUGAAUUCACAUCACACACCUCAGCAGUCAAUGUUGUGCAGUUCCACCCCAAUGAGUACCUGCUCGCCUCUGGGAGUGCAGAUCGGACUGUUAAGCUGUGGGACCUGGAGAAAUUCAACAUGAUUGGUUCAUCAGAGGGCGAGACGGGAGUUGUGAGGAGUAUAUUGUUUAAUCCUGAUGGUAGCUGCUUGUACAGCGGCUCGGAGAACACACUACGAGUGUAUGGCUGGGAGCCUGACCGCUGCUUUGAUGUUGUGCAUGUAGGCUGGGGCAAAGUUUCUGACCUGGCCAUCAGCAACAACCAAAUGAUUGCGGUGUCCUACAGUCAAAAUAACGUGAGCUGGUACGUUGUUGAUCUCAGCCGAGUGAAGAAGUCAGGAUCUGUGAUCCAAGGGCUGAUUCAGGACAAGCCGAUCCCAGCUCCCACAUCUGCACUGGGAACAACACUACGGCGGAAUUACGAACGACCCACUACAUCCUGCACUGGACAGGAGAUGAAGCAGAGUUCAGAGGCCGAUCGCCGGAGUCCAGAAGGAGAGAGGAGAAGUCCCAGCAGCGAGGAUGAGAAGGAAGACAAAGAGAGCAGUGCAGAAAUCACCAACCCAGAAGAUUAUAAAGAGAUCUUUCAGCCACACAGUGUCAUCUCACGUACGCCACCAAAAAGAACAGAACCUUUCCCAGCUCCUCUAGAGCACUCUUUCUCCGAGAGUGUACUUGAGAAACCUGGCCCGGCGGUUAAGAUUGUAACUCCAGUAAUAGACAGGGCAGGACAGUUAAAAGGUCCCAUUACCUCCUCUACUCCAGUUCAAAGAGUGGAACCAACCGUGAUCGCUGCUGUUCCCCGUCCAGUAGCAGUGGUGACCACUUCAGUGACCUCUCCCUCUCGUCCUGUGGUCACAACCACCAAACCUAAACCUUCUACAGGAAUCAUCCUCUCGACACGUAACGAGCCAAUUGGCCUCAAUGCAGGGGACUUCCUUUCUCAUGUGCGAAAUGCUAAAGCUGGCGCGAUGGGAGAUGAAGAGGCGUUAGCACAGAUCAGGAAAGGGCAUGACACCAUGUGCGUAAUGCUGACCAGUCGAUAUAAAAACCUGGACACAGUACGCUCUGUCUGGGCCAGUGGUGAUGUCAAGACUUCACUGGAUUCAGCUGUAUCUAUGAAUGAUCUUUCUAUUGUGGUGGACGUCCUUAACAUACUUAACCUCAAACCUUCGCUGUGGAAAUUGGACCUCUGCACGUCCAUCUUGCCGCAGAUUGAGGAUUUGCUGCAGAGCAAAUAUGAAAGUUAUGUACAGACUGGUUGUAUAUCUUUAAAGCUGAUCGUGAAGCGUUUUUGGCCUUUAAUCUCAGACACGCUGGCUGCUCCUCCAUCUGUAGGAGUAGACAUUACUCGAGAGGAGAGGCAUCAGAAAUGUAAAGCAUGCUAUAAGCAGCUGAAGAACCUCAGUAAUGUAGUGAAGAACCGGGCGGAGCAGGUUGGUCGUCAUGGCAGCACUUUCAAAGAGCUACAGCUACUUAUGGCCCCAUUGGACUACUGACACACACACACACACACACACACACACAUACAGUCAGAGACACGCACUCCUCAAUCUCCCCACGCAAAGCUUGGUAAUGACGAGGCAAAGUACUGGGCUCAGUGACUGAACUUGAAUGGACUUUUCAUCUAACACUUACGUGUGUGAGCUCUCGCAAGCACACUUGAUUAUUUAUAUAGGUUUUUGGUGGUUAUUUUCCUAGUGGUUAAGUUUCUUUGUCUACAUUUAUUUGAAAUACACAGCUUGUUUUUGUAAACACUAACAAUAAAGAGGAAGAAUUUACCAAAAACAUUUACAAUUUUUUAUAUAUAUAUAUAUAUAUGCUUUGAAUGCUUCAUUCAUUCUAAAUGUGUGGUCAGAUUUAAUCAGUAUGCAAAGUCUUUUCAAUAGGAACCCAUCUCAUCAAGAGCUUUGGGUGAGGACAAAAGUUCCCUGAGCAGAUCUUGCACAUUUCUGAAUUUGUCACAUUGAUCAGCUGAAAAAUGCUUGGUUUGAGAGUAACUUGUGUAAGCAGUGCUUCAUGUAUCACUACGCUAUUGAAUGUAUUUGCAUGAACUGCAAUAAAUGCAAUGCAUUUUCGCCCUUAA